AUGUCCGGCACGCGCCUUUGGCGCCCCACGUACCAGGGCCGCAUCAGGUCGUACAGCCAGCAGAAGGGCUUCGGCUUCAUCGACUGCCAGGAGUCCCUGCGGGCCUUUGGCAGGGACGUCUUCAUCCACAGGUUCCAGAUGGAGGAGGCCAAGCUCACCAUCGCCCAGGAGGUUGUGUUCGAGGUCGAGCUGAACAAGACGGGCUGCCCGCAGGCGCGCAACGUGAGGCCGGCCUCCAUCAAGGAUCAUGGCGACAUGAGUGGCAUGGGCGGCUGGGGAGGCAUGGGCAUGGGCGGCAUGGGCAUGGGUCACUCCAUGGGCUACGGAGGCCAGCAGGGCAUGUGCUCUGGCAUGGGAGCCAUGGGCGGCAAGGGUGCCCUCGGCGGCGACUGGGGCAAGGACAGCUCCGGGGGCUGCGGCCAGGGCAAUGGGCAGCCGGACACGGUGGAGGAAAUGCUCCGCAAUGCCCAGGGCAGCUCGCGCUUGUGGGAGAUUAUCGAGACGCACGGUCAUACCUUCCAGAAGGGGCACGUCGUGACCGCGCUGUACCAGAUGGGCCUGUGCCGCAACUACGAGCGGCGAAACCCCCAGUCGAACCUCAGCGCCACCCUCGCGGAGAGUGCCUGA